AGGGAAGGAAAAUACUGUUGUCGUAUUUAUUGAGGAAAAGAAAGAAAUACUGUCGUAUGUACAUUUUUUAAUUGCUAGAAAGAAAAGUGAAAUAUACAUUUAUAUGUAUAGUUUAUUUUUCAUAUCAGUCACAAGUAUGGAUGUUUGUUUCCCUUCUUUUUUUUCACAUGUACAGCUACCUCCUCAAAUAGCAUGUACUCGUAUUUUCAAAAUUUCAAGCUGCUGUGAUGAUGAAAAAAGCCUGAAAGAAAAAUGACAAGGAACAAAAAGUAAUGAGAAUAAGUUUUGUGGCAACUAUUCAUUAGGUGUCACUUUUUCACUCCUCCACUUAGACCGGUACAGUUGAACGCAAAAUGUGAAAACUUACGAGAAAUUGUGUGCAUCCCUUAGUGCAGUGACAAUAUCCCCCACAAAACCAGUGAUAUUUCUUUGACUGGAGGUUAGUUCAAUAAUUUUGAAGGCUGGGAUUAAUUUUAAUGAGGGAUGAGAGGGUGGAAGUGACUGGAGUAUAGGUUAAUAAUUCUACCAGCUGGAAAGGAUUUUGAGGGUCAGAGGAAAGUGAUUGGAUAUUAGCUUGAUAAUCGUGCUUGGUGAGAUUAAUUUUAGUGAGAGACUAGAUGGUGGGAGGAUGAUAUUUAGAGGUUAGUUUGGUAAUUUUGCCAGUUGGUAUUAAUUUUUAGUGAGGGAUGAGGGUGUCAGAAGAAUGUGACUGGAGGUUAGUUUAAUAAUUCUGAGGGUGGGAGGAAAGUAAUAGGGGGUUAGUUUAAUUUUGGUGAUGGAUGAGAGUGUGAGUGGAAAGUGUAGCUGACCACAUAAUUUAUCAAAUAAUACAAGCAUGUACACAUUCUUAAUAAUGUUCCAUGUUAAGAUAUACUAAACAUGAAGUUACUCCACAAUAUAUGAUGGUGUAAAUUACGAAUGGUUAAAGUCGAGACUUGUUUGAUGAUGGCCUGUUUGCUUGCUCCCCUUGGACGUGCGGCAAGUGCAGCAGCGUUCGACCGUUUCUCUAGGGGCAAGCGACACCUCCUGGUGGGGGACUUCAAAUCUGCUGUCGCUGCCUUCGAGGAGGCAACAGAGUCCCCGGUGGAGCUGUGUGGGGAGCAGGCGCCCGAGUGUGGUGACGCGUACUGCCGCUGUGGCCGUGCAUUGCUGGAGCUGGCACGCAAGGAGGCAGGGGUGCUGGGGCCAGAUCUGGAUGGUGCCAGUAGUCGUGUGUAUUGCUUGGUUAUUGUGUUAACGUGCUGGAGUGUGCACAGCCGGGAGUGUUUGGGGAAUGAAAAUAAAAGGAGUUAUGGAUGUUUAAAAAUGCAUCUUUUGAGAGCUGAGUAUACAAGAAAGUUGCUGUGUUUGCGGGAUGAGUAAACAAUGAAGAAAUGUUUUGAGGAACUGGGUGUGCAGAGGCACGAGUGUUUGGAGAAUGAGAAUACAGGAAGACAGGAGUGAUUUAGGAAUAAGUGUACAAGAAAGGAGUGUUUGAGUGACAAUAUAUAAGGAAGAGGUGUUUUGAAAAUGAGAGUACAAGGAAUGAGCAUUUUGGGAGUUAAUAUACAAGGAAGCAAGUAUUUAAGGGACAAGUAUACAAGAUUAUUUUCCUGUCAUAUGUCAUUAUACAAUGUUUUUCUUUGUUAUAUACAUCAUUCCCUUUCACUUUUCAUAUCUUGUGUUCUCGUCAUUCUGAUGUAAUGUUACAGAUAGAGAAUGUUUGGUGUCAAAUUUUCACUAAUUUCAUAUGUGUAUAAACUUUCAUUUCAUUGACUUUUUUUUACUAUUACUACUAUAUUUGCUUGCUUUUUAAACAAGUCUUUUCUUUCAGAGGAGGGAAGCACAGGGGAAGAGGAGGACGAGGAGGAAGAGAGUUAAGAGUCACAAGAGGAGGAGGAAGGUGGAAAGAAAGAGGAAGGAGAGGAGGAGGAGGAGGAGGAGGAAGAUGGAGAAGGAAAGGAGAAAGAUAAGAAGGAAGGAAAUGCCGCAGAAGGAGAAGAGCAAUAAGAAAUUAGAAUUGACAGAGAAACCAGACAAGGGACUGCAUUUGAAGAAGCACAAGAACCAAGAAAUUACAUCAUUCAAUGAAAUGACAACAUAAUCUAAAAUAGAAAUCAAAAACGUCACAAGACAGAAUAGUGAGCUGCAUGCACUUAUCACAGAGUAUAAAGUCACUCCCUCAGAGGAAAAAGACAAGGAUGGCACGUCUUCAUGUGAGAACUCAGAAGCUAAAUGUACAGAUACCAAGGGGAAAUUGCUGGGUCAAGUGGCUACACUGACAUCUGAGGUUAGCAGGUUGGAGAGUGAGUGCAGCAGUCUUCAGGUUCAGCUAGACUGUGAGAGGGAUAAGUAUAACAAACUGCUGGGAGAAUCUCUUGCUCAUGAAAAGUUGUCUGAAGAUGUCAUAACUGAACCAAAAGGAGAAACAACAGGAUUGGGAGGAACUGAGCUUUAACAGAAGCUGCAACAACUGCAGGAGGCUCACAGGGUCCUGGAGAGCAGGUUAACUUGCAGCAUGAAGGAGGUGGCUGAGCUGAGUGACAGGAAGUAGCAGCUUGAGCAUGCUGUAGUGCAUGAGAAGACAGAGUCCAUCGGUGUGUGCAUGUUUUUUGCUCAUUUGAAUCAUCUGUAAAAGUGAAGUGGAGGAAGUGUUUACUGUUUACUGUAUGCCAUUUCCUUGGUCUUUUAAUGAAGAAUUUUAUCCUUCUUCAGGUGACUACAUCACCAUCUACCAGUUGCAGCGAGGAGUGAUGAAGUAACAAGCUCGAGAACGCGAGUUAGACCUUGCCAGCCUCCAUCAUGAAUGAGAGGAAAUGAAGCAAAACCACUCUGCAGGAUUUGAUAUCAAAGCUGGUGCAGGAAAAGGAAGCAGAUCAUGACCUUCAGCAGCUCGAGAAGAUAAGCAGCGUCCUUAUAUAUAUGUUAUAUAAAUAUGUUCCUUUCACUAUAAUAUAUUAUAUGUAUUAAAAACUGCAUGGAAUACUACUGUAUUCCAUGCACUUUGUAUUCCAUGUAUUCCAGCCACUCAGUCUCCUACUGAGUGGCUGGGGUUUUCCAAAAGUGAGGGUUGGUGUUCUAUACCAUACCAUGUGCCCUGUUUGUAUUCCUUCUCUAUCCUCUGUAUUAUAUUCUAUGUAAAGAUGGUGCUGGGGUGGGAUCUACUUCUUAUUCCCUAAAAGUGAUGAGGAGUGACACUGGGCAGCAUUAAUUUGCUCCUUAGAGAUGGCUGGGUUCCUGUGGAUGAGUGGGCCAUGCUGUGCUUUGUCAAGGAUGGUGUUUGGUAUUGUGAUGACUCUUGCCACAAUCAAGUGUCUCCCACAGAGUAGUGGAGUACCUAUGUAUGGUGUUGACCCAAGCUGUCCAGGUCUCAUCCAAUGCCUUAAUAUGAUUUAGAUGAUCAAAAUGGUUUAACUCACCAUUUAAUCAGCUGACUGAUUUGAAUGGAGAAGUAUGUAAUGUGUUGUAGCCUAACCAUCCCUGCCAGCAUGGUCAGACUCUUGGUAGUAACCUGAAAUGCUCCUAGGUAGUGAGUAUCAUUGCACAUAAUGAUCUUUACUUUGUCAGUAAUUCAAUGAUACUGAAUAUUACUCUACUGGAUUUUGCUCAGCACUGCUUGGUAACUUUUGGCCAUAAUCCCAGGUCUGGAAUGAUAUGAAGCCAUGUUUUUACAUUCCAUAUGAGACAGGCAAGCACUAUGCUUUGCCUGACUGAUACCUGUACUUUGCAUUUAUGACCCCAGGUAGUUCAUCACUCUCUCUCUCUCUCUCUCUCUCUCUCUCUGUUUGGAAUUAUACUGUAUAUUAGGAAAUAUCAUUAAAGAGUGUGUGUGUAAAAAGUGUUUGCAUUAUUGUGCAUUUGAUGUUGGUUUCAUGAUUUAUAAAGAUUGCUAUUUUUAAUAAAGUUAUUGAAAUUGUUA